AUGGAAUACAUAAAUGUAAAGCUGACCCGAGCAGAGCGGGAGAACUUGAUGUCUGAACACAAACCACACUACACUGGAUUUAGUGCCCAACCUCUUCAACAUCUGACUCAUCGCCGUAGGCCACGUUCCAUGCUUGACAUUGAAUGUCAUCAUUUUCUGAGAACUUCCACAGAUGACAUCACAAACCAGCGGCCAAGUUUGGAGCACAGGUUGUGGCUGCAAGCGGGAACAUGUACAGUCACCAUUCCCACUCAUCAGGAUAAAAACUACGACAGCAACAUGUGGAGAAAUUUCCGCCGCAGUUUCCAAAUCAAUUAUUCUGCUGAAGCAGGGAGAGUCACAGACGCUGUUGCCGCUUUGUACCCGGUAAAUAUUCCUCCACCUUCUCACGUCAAAGAUGACACAUUUGACAAAUUUCUGGGACAGACAAAAUUGUUUGAUAAUGACAAAUUCAAGAGUUUAGCCAUUCAGAGAGCAGCCACAGAGAUCUACGAGUUCCAGAAACUCCGGUGCCGAAGUCAGGCUCGCAACCCACCUUUAAAUGAGAAAGGUGACAUCCUGCCACCAGAGAACUACAAGAAGUAUGCCCAGAGAUGUGUUGCCCUUACAUCUCCUGCACCACCUGCAGAUCCUCUUGGGCAGAAGACAGACAUAUUUGGCAGACGCUACACACCCCGCUCACAGCCAGCUCUCUGGAAGCUCAGUUACAGGUUAAACCAUCCUAGAUUUGACAGACUUCAAGAGGAGAUCCAGACAAAGAGGCAAAUGGUUAGGACAGCAGACAACAAAAGUACAGACUGCAGACUCCAGCAGAUGUCACACUCACCUGACCCAGUUCAGUGA